AUGGCGGCAUACGCGUUGCGGUGGACAACGAGAUGCCUUAUAAGAAUUACACACAAAAAGCUAGGUUUGUCGAAAGGAGUUUGGUGUGAAGUCAAGUGUUUAAGGAGGUGUUCAACGUUUUUUGCAGGACAUACAUCUACGUCAGCACCUUGGGCUGUUCAUAGUGGACUCAUCAGCCACUAUGACAGCCUUGUCCUCUCCGGGUCACUGCGAGAGGACGCUCAACAGAGAGCUGCACUUCUUCAGUUAGGACAGUUAAACAGAGUGAUGACAGACUAUACCAACAUCCCGAUCCUUCUCCCUCAACCUAAAGACUGUUUACAGAGUCAACCCACCUCAGAACUGGAGAAUAAAGUAAACUCAAAUGAAAAAGAAGACAGAGAUGUUAAUGACACACAGGAGGUGUGGAGUCCCCAAACAAAGCCACAUCCUCCUCGUGGUUACUAUAUCCAUGGUGAUGUUGGCACUGGGAAAACAAUGCUGAUGGACCUUUUUUAUUCAUUUGUGAAAAGCAGAAGAAAAAACAGGGUUCAUUUCAAUGCAUUCAUGUUAGAUGUACAUAGAAGGAUCCACAAACUGAAACAGAGCCUGCCAAAGCGACGGAUUGGUAAAAUGACAAUGUAUGACCCCAUCUUUCCGGUUGCUAUGGAGAUCGCAGAGGAAACCUGUCUCCUAUGCUUUGAUGAGUUUCAGUCCGGCAUCAUUAUCAAACUGUACAAAAACGGGCUUCAGAGGGCUGCUUUUGUGCCUUUCAUUGGCGUACUCAAGGAAUAUUGCAAUUUUCAUUCCAUAGAAACAGGUCUCUUUUACCGGACAAGGGAAAUGGAAGCAGCAGGAAGACUAUACUACAUAUCAAGUGAGCCUGAUACAGAGAAUGCUGUCAAUACGCUGUUUGUGGAACUGGCAUACAGACAAAAUGAUGUAGCCAGGCCAAGGGUGCUGAACGUUCAGGGAAGAGAAGUGACCCUGAGCAGGACCUGUGGAACCAUUGCAGACUGCACCUUCCAAGAGCUGUGUGAGCGACCAUUGGGUGCAGGUGAUUAUUUAGAAACCGCACGGCAUUUUGACACGGUCAUCAUACGGAAUGUUCCUCACUUUCGAGUCGGUAUGAAGGACCAGGCUAGACGCUUCACCACACUCAUUGACAACUUUUAUGACCAAAGGGUUAGAGUGGUGAUAUUGGCCGAUGCACCGUUACACCGCCUCGUUACACACGAACUCGGCCUGACCGAUGAGGCCAGUGAGCGGCUGACAUUGUUCACAGCAGACGAAGAGGUCUUUGCCUUCCAGAGGACAAUAUCUCGCCUCACAGAGAUGCAGACAGAACAGUACUGGCUAAGUGGGGAUCGGAGUCAAACAUGA